AUGGUCAAGGAGUUAGAAUUAUUGGAGGCUUUCCGUGAUCUGAGUUUGAAUGUUGAACUCGCACCGGGGAAGCUGAGCUUUGGAAUGGUGACGGUGUCUAGUGGACUCUUGGAUGAGAUAAAGUCGAAACAAGAGACCGAUGAAGGGUUGAUUGAAUGGCGCAAGCUUGUGGCACAAGGAAAAGCGUCUGAGUUCGCUAUUGGGAACGACAAUAUUCUGCGUUGUAAGGGACGAAAAACCACAGAAGAGGUGAAGCAAAUCCAAGAGAAGAUGAGGGUUUCGCAGAGUCGUCAGAAAAGUUAUGCUGACAAUCGCAGGAAGGAGUUGGAGUUUCAAGCUGGAGAUCAUGUCUUCUUGCGGGUUACCCCGAUGACAGGUGUCGGAAGGGCGAUCAAGUCAAAGAAGCUUACUCCAAAGUUUAUCGGACCGUACCAGAUUACGGAGCGUGUUGGACCCGUGGCGUAUAGGAUUGCCUUACCGCCGUUCCUAUCCAACAUACAUGAUGUGCUGCAUGUGUCGCAACUUCGGAGGUAUAUGGCUGAUAAUUCUCAUGUGAUUGAACCUGAUGAUAUUCAGCUGAAGGAUGAUCUAACGAUGGAAAUGCCGCCCAUCAAGAUCGUCGACAAAAGCACCAAACGUUUGAGGAACAAGGAAGUAUCCUUAGUGAAGGUUGUAUGGAAUCAAGCUACGGGCGAUGCGACUUGGGAAUUAGAGGAUAAAAUGCGGAAAUCACAUCCCGAGUUGUUUGUAGACCCUUAAGUUUCGAGGUCGAAACUAUUUUAAGGGGGGGAGUAUUGUAAGACCCGGGGAUUUAUUUA